AUGAGUGUUGCAGAUUUAAGGUAUAUAAAUGCUUCAGAACUAUAUCAAUGGAUCCAAAAGGGACAUACCACUUUGUUGCACGAACCGUUCCAAGUCAUUGAUGUUCGUGGAAGUGACUAUGUUGGAGGUCAUAUUGUAGGCGGAUGGCAUAGACCGUAUAAACAGAUGUCACAUCAUCCAGAAUUAUUAGACCAAUUACUUGAAGAUCUUCGAAAUCUUGCGACAUCAUCAAACGAAAAAUGUGUGAAUGCGAUCUUCCAUUGUGCUCAAUCACAGCAAAGAGGUCCUUCAGCAGCACUGAAGUUGUUAAGAAUUAUGAACAAAAAUGACCGUGAACAUAUUCGUGUUUGGAUUCUACGUGGAGGCUUUAAUCAUUGGCAAGAUCAAUAUGGUGACAACUCAAGUGUAACAGAAGAUUAUCAACCAGAUCUUUGGAGUUGGUAA